AUGAGCGAGCGAACCUCUACCCCCCGCGUCACCGCUCAGUACCUAAGCUCCUACACUGGCCAAAAUGUCAUAGUUGUUGGCAAAGUCUUGCAACUCCGUGGCGACUCAGCUCUGCUUGACUCCCAAGGAAACGUUACUUUGAACCUCAACCGAGAUGCCCACUUAAUCAAUGGCAACGCCGCCCAAGUCAUUGGCAAAGUAAACCCUGACCUAUCUAUCAAGGUCCUGACAUCCAAAGACCUGGGCGAUAAUCUUGGGCCCGGCAACCAUGGCUCGUCGUCGCCCGGACGGUCCCCCCGACAACCUAACCACCAUCCGCCGCCCUGCCGCGUAGCCCUGGUAUGGCCGGCCCCGGAAAGUGAGAGUAGGAGGGAAGGAAACUAUGGGUAUGAGGAAGAGGAAGAGGAAGUGGGUCGGAAUCGCCGCAGACGAACUGGGUCUCUGGUGACAGUUUCGACUUGGGGUCGGAGUUUGAGUACUGGGCGUUCGGAAUUCACACUGGACAAUCAUGACGGGUAUGAAGAAGAAGAAGACGAAGAGGGAAGAGAUGAAGACGAAGAGGAGGAAGAGGAGGAUGAGGAGGAUGAAGGGGAUGAAGAAGAGAUACCAGCCCCACCACUACCAAAACUCAAAUCACAUCAACAUGUAAUGCAUUCGGACGAAGAAGAAGACGAAGAAGAAGAAAGCCAACAAGAUACCAGAAUCAGAAAUUGGUUCGACAGAACCCGACAAGACCCACGGCCUCCACGGCCCCAACAAGCCGAUCUCCUCCCCUCCCCACCGCUCUCCCCACCCCCAUCCCGCGACAUACCUCGCUGGAGCCCCAUCAACCCCGCCCAAUCAUCACGGUCCAUCUCGCCUUCUACUGUCCCCCCGCCUGCAACAACCUUUAGCCUCGCAACGGAAUCCAGCGGCGGUCGCACACCCAGGGCGGGUGGAUCGCCCAUCCCUCGCCGUUUUUGGGAGCGCGCUACCUCUCAUCAACCGGCGGCAAAUUUUGAUCUAGCGGUGCAUGACUCGGAAAUUAUCGAUCACUUGGCAGAGGGGGUCGCUUCUCUUACGGUGGCUAUGGCUAUGGAUGAGGCGGGUAGGUGGAGGAUCAAGAGGCGUAGUGGAGAGGAGAAUUAUGAGGUGGAUGAUAUUUAA